AUGCUGGACGCUUUCGAAAUCAUCACAACCUCGGGUGUCGUUGUCUGGAGCCGCACAUAUGCCCCCGUUGCACAAAAGGUCGUCAACAGCUUGAUCAACGACGUCUUCAUCGAGGAGCGCGCCCAAAGCCUGCAGAGCCAACCGCGGAAUGCCACCUUCAAGUCCGACAAGUACACGCUCAAAUACACCCACGCCAAAGAGCUCGGCCUGAUCUUUGUCGCCGUCUACCAAUCCAUCCUUAACUUGUCCUGGGUCGACAAUCUGCUCGAUGUAGUCCGUGGCCUCUUCAUCAAGCAAUACGGAAAUGACCUCAAGAACAAGAAGACCACCAACCUCGACUGUUCCAACUUCACUCCGACCUUCGAUGCUCUCGUCCAGAAGCUCGACAAGACCCAAUCUUCAGCUCCGCGAUCCGAUGAUCAAGACCUCGAGACAGACUCGCCCGCCGACCUGACCCCACCUUCGAGCUCUGCUGGCGACGACCAAGACCACCCGCCGCCGCCUGCCCCUACCCUCAAGAAGCCUGCUCCAAGACAGAUAACCGACACCAUCUUAGCUUCCACAGACGCCACCCCGAUUCCCACGCCAGACACGUCGCGACCUGCCUCGCCUGCUGUCAGCCAAUUGCUCGAAGGCAAGAGUCCCCGAGGCUCGCGCCGUUCACGAAAAGCCGCCCUUGCUGCCUCUUCAGCCCCCACCUCGUCUGGCGAUGAGAAAUCGCCAUCUCGUAAAGCUGCAGCUGCAAAGAGACCGACUGCCAAGUCAAAGCGCACCUGGGAUGCCCACGGCUUCGGUGCCGAAGAAGAUGAGGACACAGUUUUGGAUUACUCAACACAAAGCCUAGACGAUGCCCCUGCUGCUCAGUCAAUACUACAGCCUGUCAGUGCCGAUGACAUGGGCAGUAGGACGGCCAAGGGCCAGUUCGUCCUCAAGGAUCUGGACGACCAAGUUGAUGCCAUUCUCGCAGAGUCAAAGUCCAGGAAAGAUCAAGUCGAAACAGACGAGUCGAAGGGAUUGGUAGGAACUGGACUAGGGGCCAUUAGUGGCUACUUCCGCAACAUGGUUGGAGGCAAGACUUUGACAGCCGCCGAUUUGGUCAAACCGAUGAAAGCCAUGGAAGAUCAUCUCCUGAACAAGAACGUUGCUCGCGAAGCAGCGGUCCGUUUGUGCGAAUCUGUCGAACGCGAUCUUAUUGGUCUCAAGACCAGCAACUUCACCACCAUCGACCAGACCAUUCGCGAUUCUAUGGCUAAGGCUCUCACGCGCAUCUUGACCCCUACUUCCUCCCUUGACCUGCUGCGCUCAAUCACAUCUACUACCUCAGGCUCCAAUUCUAGACCCUAUGUCAUCAGUGUUGUUGGCGUCAACGGUGUUGGCAAGUCUACCUCUCUUUCUAAGCUUGCUUUCUUCUUCCUCCAGAACAACUUCCGGGUCCUGGUUUGUGCCGCCGAUACCUUCCGUUCUGGUGCCGUCGAGCAACUGCGUGUCCACGUACGCAACCUCUCCGAGUUGACUGCUCGUGAGAACCUGGGCCACGUUGACCUUUUCGAGAAGGGCUACGGCAAGGAUGCUGCUCAGCUAGCCAAGGAAGCCGUGACUUAUGCUGCUGAAAACGCCUAUGAUGUUGUGCUGGUCGACACAGCUGGCCGCCGGCAUAACGAUACCCGCCUCAUGUCGUCUCUUACCAAGUUUGGACAGCUCGCCAAUCCAGACAAGAUCUUUAUGGUUGGCGAGGCUCUUGUAGGCACAGACUCGGUUGCCCAGGCUCGUAACUUCUCCGCGCAAUUCGUGGAUCGACAAGGCAAGGGCCGUGGACUUGAUGGCUUUGUCAUCUCCAAAUGUGAUACUGUUGGCGACAUGGUCGGUACCCUCGUUAGUAUGGUUCACGCCACCGGCAUACCCGUUGUCUUCCUGGGCGUGGGUCAGCACUACGGCGAUCUGCGUGGUUUGAACGUGGGUUGGGCUGUCGACAAAUUGAUGAAGUAG